UUCAGGGUCAGGCUGCUUAGAGGGGAAGCAGUAGCAGAGAUGACUUCAGCCUGCACGAGCAAAGCUAAGCUUACGAUUUGAACAGGCUGCAAUGGAGGUUAGGAGCACUCUACAUGUGAUGGCGCCAUGAGUCAAGUGUCCCUGAAACCCACCUCGAGCCUGGAAACUGAGUCUCGCUCGCGAGCACUCUCCCAGGCGCAAGUAUAUCUGGAGCAGAUUGGGAACCACACGUCCCCCGAGAGCCCUGAUGUUCACGGGACAGGCAAGCGUGAUUACCUGGUGGAUGCGGCCAAGCAGAUCCGCCUGGCGCUUGAGCGGGACGUGAGCGAGGACUAUGAGGCAGCUUUCAACCACUAUAAAAAUGGGGUCGAUGUGCUACUCAAUGGAGUGCAAGUUGAUCCCAACAAAGAGCGGCAUGAGGCGGUGAAGAGGAAAAUCACCAAGUACCUGAGGCGGGCAGAAGAGAUCUUCAACUGCCAUCUGCAGAAGACACUGGGGAACGGGACCAGCCCUGGCACGGGCUUCAGCAGUCUGAGGCUGCGGCCCAUCCGUACCCUGAGCUCGGCAGUGGAGAACCUGAGGUGCUGUAAGGUAGUGGGGGUCAUUGAAAAGGUUCAGCUGGUCCAGGACCCUGCCACUGGGGGGACCUUUGUAGUGAAGAGCCUUCCCAAAUGCCACGUAGAGACUUGGAACCGUCCAACCAUCAUCCCCAAUGGCGUCCCCUACAUGGCCAAGCUUCUUCGCUACUCCAUGAGUGAGGACUCCAUCUUCUUGCACUUGGAGCACGUGCAGGGAGGAACCCUCUGGUCUCAUCUCCUCUCUCAGCCUAGACCCCAGGGGCUAGAGGCGUCCAGCAACUCAACCCAGCCAAAGCCCAGCUCUAUCCAGGGUGAUCAUCGAGAGAAGGGGAAAGCUGGCCCUGGUGCCCCUGAUACUGGUCUCAGUCUCCUGACUCCGGUUCCGUUUCCCCAGAAUCACACCCAACAGCUCAGCGUGGCAACUGAGGCAGCACUCCAGCCCUCUGACAUUUCAUCAGGGCCUCAAGGCAGAGUUCCUGACCAUCAGAAAGGGUUAAAGGAUUUGAAAGAGCCUGACCUGAACCCUGGAAGCAAGGUAUUCAGUCCAGCCAGGGAAAUCCAGGUGUUCAGGUCCCACGGAGUAUCAUCCUGUGAAGAUGCUUUUGGAAGACACAAAUUCAGGACAGAUCUUCGUUCCUCUGGACAGGACACUCUGGCCUCACCUUCUGGCCUAGUUCCAAAGGCCCUAAGAAGGGACAAGGCAAUGGCCAGCAGCCCGGGUCGGGGCAGAGGUCAGUCCCAUCAUCAAGCCAGGCGGAGUACUAGGUGGAGUACCAACAGGGGGCCCCUGGGAGGUCUCCCCUGGAUCCGGGAGGGGGCAGGCCGGGUACUAGAGGGCUAUGGUCAUGGGACUGACCAGUGCAAAGAGCUCCCAGGUCAGGACUGUCCACAUGCUAACUGGGCCUGUCCAGGCCACAGGGGCAGAGCCUGGUGUGUGAAGGAAGAACACGUCAAGCAAUGGGCAGCGGAGACCCUGGUGGCCCUUGAGGGUCUACAUCAACAGGGUGUGCUAUGCCGGGACCUCAACCCCAGGAACUUGCUGCUGGAUACCACUGGUCACAUCCGUCUCACCUACUUUGGCCAGUGGACUGAAGUGGAGCCCCGGUACUGCAGUGAAGCUAUGGAAAACCUGUACAGUGCCCCAGAGGUGGGCGGGAUUUCUGAGCUGACAGAAGCUUGUGAUUGGUGGAGUUUUGGAUCUCUGCUGUAUGAACUUCUAACUGGAAUGUCGCUGUCCCAGAACCACCCCUCAGGAAUCCAUGUGCACACCAGGCUCCAUCUGCCUGAGUGGCUCAGUCGACCAGCUACAUCCCUGCUCACUGAGCUGUUACAGUUCGAUCCCUGCCGGCGCCUUGGUGCUGGAGGAGGCGGCGUCAACAAGCUCAAAUCCCACCCGUUUUUCAGCACCAUCCAGUGGAACAAAUUGGUGGGAUAGGGUCAAUGGCACGGAGGCGGACAGCCUCCUGGGAAGACCCAGGUUGGCUUUCUGGGCUAGCAGAGUCCACAGGAGAACUCGAGUCCAAUGGGUCCAAGGCGCUGGCCUGAAACCCUGGGAUUCCUCCUGCCACCAAGUAGUCAACGAUUUUGGUGGAGGAGAUGAAUCCUGAAUCCUGCAUCCUGGAGGAGCACAGGCUCAGGUCUCUCUUCCAUGCCUUUGACUCCCCCUCCGCUGUGAGUUUGUUUCACUCAAGGCCAUGGCUACUCAUUUCCCAUUUCUCACUCCUACCCCAAAAUGAACCCAGGCAUGAUAAGAGAGACCCACAGGGAACCUUGAAGUUGGAAAAUACUGAAACUAAUCUAACCUCUGCCACUUAGUGGGUGUGACAUUGGGCAACUCACCACACUUCUCGAGCCUCAGUUUCCUCAUCUGUAAAACAGUAAUAAUUGCCUUGCCUACCUCAUAGGGUUAUCAUGAGGCUCAAAGGAGAUUUGUGGGAAAGUGUUUUGUAACUGCACAUCAUUAUAUAAACAUAAGCGAUUAUGACAGUACACAAGGUGAUUGUAUUUCCAAUUAGCCAAAGCAGAGGGGGGGCAGUGAGGACUUGAGUGUUCGAAGGGUUCCUCAAGUCAAAAUUUCCCUGCUCAAAUCUCACAGACCUAGAGGGUGCCUUUCUCUGAAGUUACUUAGCUUUGUGCUCUGGAGUGCAGAGUUGUUGAUAAACUGUUAAAAUAGUGCAGAACUAGUAAUAGACCAGGUUGCCAUCUUCAGCUGAGAUGUCGUAGUUCACCAAAUGACCUACCAUAUUUCACAGGUGUAAUGGGAACCUUAGGAGUGAGACCAUCCCAGCCGAGGAAUUUCUUGGAAAGCCCCGCUGAGGUACUUAUCCACUGGCACAGGUUGUUAGAAGACAGGACCAGUGUUUUCCCAAAGUAGGCAGUGAUAGUAGACUAGAAAAAUGAGUCUAUGAGGGGCUUGGUGGGGAAAAGACAAAAAACAAAAAACCGACAAACCCUGGAAUGAUGCUUUUCCUUCCACUCCAGGCUCCCAAUGCUGGCCUCCAUGGUCCUAGUUCAGGCUUUGCAAUCUUGAAACAAGUAGGAGAGCGGAUGAGAAAAGAGAUCAGGAGGAAGGGUUGUGGGGUGGAUACACCAGAAGGCCCUGCGCUACUGUGAAAAUGUGACACAAAUGGUGCUGAGAGCCCUGGCCAGUAGCCUCCCUUACUUAAUUCUCUCCCUCCCCUGGCACUGGGUCUCCACCCACCCAAGGCAGAGGAAAAGGAAGGGAGGGGAAAACGAAGCGCUCCCUGGCAAAGUGUGCUCUGCAACUGUGGGAUUUGUUUCUUUGAGGGGACACAAGUUUGGUUUCCUGAUUCCUACCAGUAUCCCAAAUGACAGGCAGUACCCAGUACCCAGAGCAGAUAGCCUAGUUUGGGGGGCAGGGGGGUAGUUGAUGGACUUGGGUUCAAAUCUUGGCUCUAAGCAA